AUGGGGAAGAGACAAAAUAGGGUGGUUCCAAUUUUAUUAUUAGAGAAUCAUGCAAUGAGUGCUGAAAAAGAUGCAAAUAGUCCCUCGAGAGAUACUAAGAAUACGGAACGAACUCGAUCUGUAAAUUUUAAUAAUUUAAUUUAUGUCAAUUGUACAAGGGAACAGAAGACUUAUUUUAUGCCUAUCAACUUUUGCCUGUUGAACACCAGAUCAAUAAAUAGGAAAGAACUUUUUAUUAAUGAUUAUGUGUCUGAGAACGAUAUUGAUAUUCUAGCAAUGACUGAGACAUGGUUACGUGAAGAUGAUAAUGAAUUUUCUAUUGCUGAAAUCUGCCCAACGGGGUAUCACUUUUAUCACAUUACAAGGAAAAAUGCACGAGGUGGAGGAGUUGGUCUCUUACUGAAGAAACAUAUUAAAGUCAAAAAACAAUCUCAGAGAAAAUUCUCUUCUUUUGAAUAA